UCCCUGUUCGUUAACUUUCUCUGCAGCGUGAAAGGGGCUCGCCAAAAACAGAGCUCAUGUCCAAACGAGUAAGGAAGGUAGCGUUUGCGGACGAGGUGCAGGUGGAAGAUGACAAGAGGCGACGCGAAGAUGGCGCAGAAGAAGGCGAAGAGGAGGCUGCGAGUGGCGGAGACAAGGCCGCGAGAAAGACGCGGUUCAAGCUGAAGCAUUCCCUGGACAGUGACGAGGAGGACGAGAAGGACGAGGUGAAAGACUCUCGCCUGGGAGACGAAGACCUAUCAGCUCAGGAAGACACCACCAUCUGUGUAUACUUCUAAGGCCACGAUACACGGUGCAACUUUGAGGUUUGAUGAUGGAAUUCAGGUGACGCCGUUCAACUUGAAUGAGGAGAUGGAGGAAGGGUAUUUCGAUGCCCAUGGCAACUACUACCUCAAAGACAACGAAGACGUCCAGGACACAUGGCUGGAAGGUGUGGACUGGAACAAGAUUGAAGAGGAGAGGGAGUGGGAGGAGGGGAAGAAGAAGAGAGGGGAGGUGGCAGAGGAAGCAAUGGCCGUGACGGAAGCACAAGUGGACAAGCUACUGGUGUACAAGAGUAUUCUGGAAUUGCUGCAGCCCGGCGAGACCGUCACCAAGGCUGUUCGCAGACUUGGUGGGGGGAAGAGCACGCCGGCCAGUGAGAAAUGGAAGAAGAAGAAGAAGAAAGCUGGCCAGGACCAGAGCAGCACUAAAUCACAGGAGGGUGAAGGUGUGUCUAAAGAGGCAAUGGAGAGACUGACUGGUCUUGCAGAUCAGCUGGUGGCCACUGGAGACUACUCUGUGUAUAGUGACACGUACGAGAAGAUGAAGUACUAUGUCGAGAGAGAAGAAAAGGCAAGAGAGCCGGUGGACAUGUUCUCAGAUGCCCCACCCUCCUCCUCCUCCUCCUCCUCCUCUGUCCCUCCUCCUGGGUCAGGUGGGGGAGGUGUGGACUGUGUGAUGUGGGAGUACAAGUGGGAGAACGUGGAGGAGGCCAAGAUACACGGUCCUUUCACCAGCACACAGAUGUCAGAGUGGGCCGGGAACAAUUAUUUCCCUGAUGGUGUGUGGGUGCGCAAGGCCAACGUCCCAGAUGCAGCGUUCUACUCUUCCAAACGGAUAGACUUUGACCUCUACUCGUAGCCGACCCUACUACAACACUACCUCUGAUUUUUAUCAGCACCUCCUCCUUUUUGUAAAUGAGAAAUAGUUAAAAACACACAAAAUAUUUGAAAAUUAGUGUAGCAACGGUUUUUUGCCUCCAUUUGCCUCCCGAUCUUCCCCUCCUCCCUGGCCUGUGUCUGGAGUGGCGGAGCGUCGACCGACCGAGCUGUACGGUGACGAUUUUCUCGGUGUUAUCCCAGUCGAGGAAUAUUUCGUCUUUGUUGGCGAAGUUGUGUCGGAGUGUGUGUGCGGAUUGCUGUUACCUCCUCCUCCUCCUCCUCCUCCACUCUCCAGUUCGUUGAUGACCUCUGACUCCAAGUCCGUCUCGUCUGUCCCAGCCGGGAAGAGACUACCCUUUGUGAACCACGCCGCAAACACGAGGACGAGAGAAGGGAGGAGCGUUAGGACGCUCUGUAGACCCGAGGUCUGCUGGGACCCCGUGAAGAGGAUCCCGCCAACGAUGAAGGCUAGGAAACCAAAGACUGGGAGGAACGCUGCAAUGGCAAGAACCCUGACGAAAUAGCCCAAGUCGACCUUGAAAGACUUCCACGUGCAGCCACACUUGAACUUGCUGUUUGAAAAGAGGAGGGCUACGUUUAGAACAACGCACACGGCGACCGCCUUGAGGAAGACCACUUUCACGAGUACUUGUGUCGGGUAGAGGUAGAACGCUAUGAUGAUGGCUGCCAGGUAGUAGGAUAGGAAGGUGAGGAAUACUAGGAUGGUCCAUAUGGCCAGUGUCUGGCCCGCGUGCGAUAUCACACAGUAUGAGCAGGCCAACACGAUUGUCCUAUCGAAGCUGAAAAAGUAGCCGACGUGUUUCGAACAGCCCCGAGACGAGAGGAGAGGGACGGGAAAAUCUGACUUUUUCUUGAUGAGAAUAGCCACCAGUAGCUCCAGUGGAAUCAUAAAAGGCAAGGAAUAGGUCACCAGGUUGCUUUGCCUGGAGAGCACGAGCCACGAUGGCCCCACGUUCCACACAAAUGUGAGCACCACAAACGACCAGAAGAUGGGGUAGUUUGGGUUCCUCUUGUGCACAAUGCUCUCGUACACUGCGUCGUAGGUGUAGUUGGUCAUGGCGGACGCUAUGAGGAAGAUGAAGAGGUUGAGAACCACCACCAUGAGGACGAGGGUGUAGCGGCUUGCGUGGAAAAUGUCGGCCUCUCUGUCGCUAUGGUCCCACUCCACUGCAUAGCCCUUUGUCUCGGAGUGUCCCACCAGCGAUCCACCGCGGCCCUGGUUCUUGGCGUACGCCUUGGCCACUGCAGUCAGUGCCUUGAGCGCCUCCUUUAUCACCCCCCCAUUCCUGCAGGAGAUGUUGGCAAUGUCCAGGGCAAACUCCAACUCGUUGUCC